GCGGAAGUGUAUGAAUAGAUUUGUGCAAAAUGCUUAGGGACUAACUAUGAAGCCACACACCUCCUCAACGUUCAAAGUUGUAAAAUGUGCUUAAUAUUAGGGUUUUGUUGGUUUCUCUAGCAUAACAGACUAAUGUUUGACGUCUAAAGCGACCUUUGCGAGCUGAAAUGAAGACACUAAUUGUAGGAGUGGGUGGAGUGACCAAUGGAGGAAAAUCCACUCUUUCCAAGACCCUACAAGAGAUGAUCCCCAAUAGCUGCAUCAUUGCACAAGAUGAAUUUUUCAAGGAUGAUUCCAUGGUACCAGUGGACACUAAUGGCUUCAAGCAGUAUGACACUCUUGAUGCUCUCCACAUGGACACCAUGAUGAGCAAGGUAGAAGCCUGGCAAAGAGAUCCUGAGACCCUCCUCAGGAAAGCACAUCUGGGCCAGGAGAAGACUACGGCAUCAUCAGCUGGUGACGUGUUUGUGCUGAUUAUUGAGGGCUUCCUUAUAUUCAAUCAUAGCACUUUGAAUGAGCUCAUGGACAAAAGGUACUUCUUGGAAAUACCUUAUGACACAUGCAAGGAAAGACGAUCUUUGAGGGUGUAUCAGCCGCCCGAUCCUCCAGGCUACUUUGAUGCACAUGUGUGGCCCAUGUACCUGAAGAACCGCCAGGAGAUGGAGCGCACGUGCACAGGAAUCGUGAUUCUGGAUGGACUCUGGUCAAAGGAGGAGUUACUGGCCACUGUAUAUCAAGAUGUUUGUCAAGAAAUAAAGAGGUGCAAAGAGAAAUACUGAAAAGGUUGUUCUCUUACCGAAUGUCUUCUCCUGUUGGUGAUCGGGAAGAGCUUUGCUUUCAAGGAGUCAGUCCAUUGGACUUGUUGUGCACCGAAAAGGACCAAAAUAACGUGUAAAUGUGUUUUUAGAUGGUUAGAUAGCAGUAGCUGACAUGGAGAUGGAUUGAUUGAUUGAUUGAAACUUUUACUAGAAGAUUGCACAGUUCAGUACAUAUUCCGUACAAUUGACCACUAAAUGGUAACACCCGAAUAAGUUUUUCAACUUGUUUAAGUCGGGGUCCACGUGAAUCAAUUCAUGGAAAAGUGUGACUGUUGCAAAGGGGAAAGCAGGGACGGCGUGGCGCAGUGGGAGAGUGGCCAUGGUUCAAUCCCCACCUAUAACCACCCUCAUCACGUCCGUUGUGUCCUGAGCAAGACACUUCACCCUUGCUCCUAAUGGGUGCUGGUUAGUGUGAAUGGGUAAAUGUGGAAGUAGUGUCAGAGCGCUUUGAGUUCCUUGAAGGUAGAAAAGCGCUAUACAAGUACAACCCAUUUAAAGCUACACAACUUUGUUUCAAAGGCCUACUGAAAUGAGAUUUUUUUAUUUAAACGGAGAUAGCAGGUUCAUUCUAUGUGUCAUACUUGAUCAUUUUGGGAUAUUGCCAUAUUUUUGCUGAAAGGAUUUGGUAGAGAACAUCGACGAUAGAGUUUGCAACUUUUGGUCGCUAAUAAAAAAGCCUUGCCUGUACCGGAAGUAGCAGACGGUGUGCGUGUGACGUCACGUGUUGUAGAGCUCAUCACAUCCUCACAUUGUUUACAAUCAUAGCCACCACCAGCUAGAGUGAUUCGGACCGAGAAAGCGACAAUUUCCCCAUUAAUUUGAGCGAGGAUGAAAGAUUUGUGGAUGAGAAUAAUGAGAGUGAAGAACUAGAAAAAAAAAGGCGAGGGCAGUGAGAGUGAUUCAGAUGUUAUUAGACACAUUUACUAGGAUAAUUCUGGAAAAUCCCUUAUCUGCCUAUUGUGUUACUAGUGUUUUAGUGAGAUUAUAUGGUACAUGAAAGUGGGAGGGGUGUGGCCAAGUGUGUGGUGACCGCCAGUGUGUCUGAGGGGAAGCCACGCGGCUGCAGCAGGACGCAAGCUCCGCUUAUGUCUACGGUAAGAGCCGACUUAUUACCACAAUUUUCUCACCGAAACCUGCCGGUUGACAUGUGGUCGGGAUCAAUGUUCGCUUGACCGCUCUGUUCUAUAGUAAAGCUUCACCUUCGGGAAUUUUAAACAAGGAAACAACGGCUGUGUUUGUGUGGCUAAAGGCAGCUGCAGUGCACCGCUUCCCACCUCCAUCUUUCUACUUUGAGUUCUCCAUUAUUAAUUGAACAAAUUGCAAAAGAUUCAGCAACACAGAUGUCCAGAAUACUGUGUAAUUAGGCGAUAAAAGCAGACUACUUAUAGCUUGGAUCGGGCUGGAAAAAAAUGUCCGCUACAACCCGAGACGUCACGCGCACGCGUCAUCAUACGCGUCAUCAUUCCGCGACGUUUUCAACAGGAUACCUCGCGGGAAAUUCAAAAUUGCAAUUUAGUAAACUAAACCGGGUGUAUUGGCAUGUGUUGCAAUGUUAAGAUUUCAUCAUUGAUAUAUAAACUAUCAGACUGCGUGGUCGGUAGUAGUGGGUUUCAGUAGGCCUUUAAGCUAACUUUAUUUGUAAUUGUUACUGUUUUGUCUUUUAAAAUAUAUGUGCAGUUGUUUCAUUCAAAAGGUCUGUUAGACCCAUACUAAUGAGAAAAAACUUGAAAAUUACUGGGAAUUUUUAAUUUAGUGAAAAGAAUAAUAUUGUAAUUCAAAAAUGAAGUUGUAUUUUCACACAAGGAGUCAACGUUGUACAAUGAUGAGAAUAAAGUACAUUAUAUUGGGGGAAAAACCUGUAGUGUUAAAUGACGUCCAUGGAUGUUCUCAUUCGUUCAGGUCAUUGUAUUCUCAGGACAUUCAAUCAUUUGCAACCAGACUGUUCAGUUUGUCUCAGAAGAUGUUUCGCCGCUCAUCCAAGUAGGUUGCAUCAGUUCAUGCUCCUAGACUUAGAUUGGUCCAAUCUGGUUUUAGACUUAGUUUGGUCAGAUUUAGAUUAGAUCAGACCAAUCUAAUUAAGUUCUAAUAUUAAGUUUGGAAAAAGUUGUAACAUUGGGCCAUACUGAAAAGAAAACAAGUUUGAAGGAUUUUGUUAUAUUACAAGAAAACAAGUUGUACAAAAAAUGUGAAUACUAUGUUUUAAAAAAGGUAAAUUCAUAAUAAUACAGUUUUAAUAUGAAAAUAAAGUACUUUUAACAAAUAGAGGAUCCCAUAGAACACAUUUACGUUUUUUGCAGUCUGACUAUAAUUUUAUUUUCUUGUAAUCUUUUACUUUUUUCUUUUCUAUUUGGCUUUUCUACUUCAUAUUUGACCGAUUAAUCCAAAUAAUGAGAUUCAACAGAUACACGAUACAUAAAGUGUGUAUCACCUUUGAGUCAUGGAGUUACAGGAGUUUAUAUUCAUAUAUUAUAAACAAUAAACAAUGCUUAAUCAUC